CCCUCUGUGGUUCUUCCUCCGCAGCUUGAGGAAGGAAUACACGGCGCUUCCCCAAACACAAAGUUGUGUUUCCUGUAGAAGCUUUUCCAUGCGCUCUGAGAGUCCGUUCUCUUGCCCGGAAAGCACAAGCAACUGGCAAGGGAGUAUUUCACACACAACGAUAUCGCCUAUUUUUGCAAAGGCUCUCCCGCGACGCUCCAAUCUGGGUGCUGCAAACAACCCUGUGGUGAGCGUCGCAUGAAGCUGCCGGAGCGGCUGGCUCAACUAGCAGGAGGGGCCCAGGCAGAGUUUCUGAAAUCAGCCUGCAGCUCCUGCCUGCGGGGCUGAUGCUUUGCCUGCUAGGAGGUCUCUUGCUCGGGUGACGAAGGGCGCGAGGAUGGAGAACUUCCGCCGAGUGCUGGUGCAUCUUUCCAAAGAGAACAGCUGGCCGCAACGAGGCAAGUUUCAGCAGAGCAUCGUUGGUCACUUCUGUGCAGCAUCACAAGACAGCUUGAUGGUGAACUGUGGCCUGAACCAGGACCAAUUCCUCAUUUCGGAUACAGAGUUUGCCGGCUCCACGCAAGUCCUUCUGCAGAGGCCCCCCUUCUGCCCCAUUAAGCAUUUGAGUGAUGUCCAAGCCGCUUCUCUUCCUGUGGAGACUCGAGAUCGAGGUGUGGACGUGGGUGUGGCCAUCCUCCUGCAGUCCGCCUGCCGGAAGGUUUUGUUGACACGGCGCUCCAAAAACCUGAGCAUCUUUCCCAACCUCUGGGUCCCUCCAGGUGGUCACAUUGAACCUGGUGAACAGUUGCUGGAUGCUGGCUUGCGAGAACUGCAAGAGGAGAUGGGCUUGUGCCUGCAGAACGGGGAGUUCUCCUGGCAAACGCUGGCCCUCUGGGAGUCUGUAUACCCUCCCAUGCUGAGCAGAGGCUUGCCCAAGCGCCACCACGUAGUCGUCUACCUCCUGCUGCUUUCUCCUGAGAACCACCAGCAGCUACAGAUGAGAUUUAAGCCCGAUGAGGCUGAAGUGAGUGCAUACGCGUGGCUGGAACCCCAAAUCCUGGCUUCUGUUGCUGCAGCGGAGGAUGGAGCCGGAGACACAAAGAAGGUAGCAGAUGGUCUCCCGCCAGUUGUCAGGAUCACAGAACUACAGCACAGCUCAGCAAAGACUGCAGUAAUCCCUACCGCAACGUUCCUCAACACUGCUCCCCUGCAAGGCAAGGAUGUGGAACGUGUCAGCACUGGGACCAAGUUCGCCCUUCGACUCUGGCUCAGCACGUUAGCACCACAAACAGAAUGAGAAGGAAAGCCGAUGGAUGCAAGUUUGGAAAGAUAAAUGGCAACCGGACAGUAUACUGAAACAUCAGUGACCAAAUUAAACAUGUUUGGCCCCUA